GGUGAUUCUGGCGGACGCGGCGGCUUUGGCGGAGGUCGAGGAGGGGGACGUGGUGGGGGUAGAGGUGCUCCCAGGGGCCGCGGUGGCCCUCCAGGCCGUGGUGGAGGUCGCGGUGGCUUCAGCGGGGGAGGCCGUGGUGGUGUCAUGAAGCGCGGUGCCCCUGGGGGACGCGGAGGUGGACGCGGCGCACCUCGCGGUGGUCGUGGAGGUCGUGGAGGAGGCCGCGGGGGCGCGAGGGGCGGCUCUAACGUGAUUCUCAAGCCCCACAAGCACCCUGGCGUCUUCAUUGCGGAGGGCAAGGAGAGCUUGCUCGUCACCAAGAACCUUGUUCCGGGCGAGGCCGUCUACGGAGAGAAGCGGAUAUCCAUCGACGGCGGCGUGGACGGUACCAAGGUCGAGUACCGCGUGUGGAACCCCUUCCGCUCCAAGCUUGCCGCUGGUGUUCUCGGAGGUCUGGACGACAUCUACAUCGCGCCUGGGAUGAAAGUUCUCUACCUCGGCGCCGCUAGCGGAACCAGUGUUUCGCACGUCGCUGACAUUGUUGGGCCGGAAGGCACGGUGUAUGCGGUGGAGUUUUCACUUCGGUCAGGCCGUGACUUGAUUGGCAUGGCGAAAAAGCGAACAAACGUUAUCCCCAUCGUCGAGGAUGCGCGGACACCCCAAAGAUACCGGAUGCUCCUCUCCACCGUCGAUGUUAUCUUUGCCGAUGUCGCACAGCCCGACCAGGCCCGUAUCGUGACGCUCAACGCCGAGUACUUCCUCAAAAACGAGGGCCAUGUUGUCAUUUCCAUCAAGGCGAGCUGUAUUGAUUCCACUGUGCCCCCAGAGGCUGUGUUCGCGCGGGAGGUGGACUUCUUGCGCCAGAACAACUUGAAGCCCAUUGCGCAGGUCACCCUUGAGCCGUACGAGCGUGAUCAUGCCAUGGUGACAGGUAUGUAG